UCAAGGCAGGCAGGCGUUUUGGAAGUUUGUAAACACCUACUUUCUGAGUAAGGGAGGGGUGCUUUUUUUUCCAAAAAGGAAAGAACUUGACUCCUGGGGCUUUUCCCUGCUGACACUCAUCGUGAGAGUGGAGAAGAAACCACUGAGGCACGGAAGUGCUGCAGCCUUCUCCCCGGUCUUAGCGUUUUUAAAGGGCAGAAAUGCCUGAAGGUGAGGACUUGGGACCAGGCAAAAGCUGGGAGGUUAUCGAUUCCAAACCAGAUGAAAGACCCAGGCUCAGCCACUGUAUUGCAGAGUCAUGGAUGAAUUUCAGCAUAUUUCUUCAAGAAAUGUCUGUUUUCAAACAGCAGAGCCCAGGCAAGUUUUGUCUCCUGGUCUGCAGUGUGUGCACAUUUUUUACGAUCUUGGGAAGUUACAUUCCUGGGGUUAUACUCAGCUAUCUACUCUUACUAUGUGCAUUUUUGUGUCCACUGUUCAAAUGUAAUGACAUGGGACAAAAAAUAUACAGCAAAAUCAAGUCAGUUCUGCUGAAACUAGAUUUUGGAAUUGGAGAAUAUAUUAAUCAGAAGAAACGUGAGAGAGCUGAAGCAGACAAAGAAAAAAGUCACAAAGAUGACAGUGAAUUAGACUUUUCAGCUCUUUGUCCUAAGAUUAGCCUCACUGUGGCUGCCAAAGAGUUGUCUGUUUCUGAUACGGACGUUUCCGAGGUGACCUGGACUGACAACGGGACCUUCAACCUUUCAGAAGGGUACACUCCACAGACAGAUACUUCCGACGAUCUUGACCGACCCAUUGAGGAAGUUUUCUCGCGAGAACUUUCAGAUUUUCCAUCUCUAGAAAACGGCAUGGGAACAAAUGAUGAAGAUGAAUUAAGCCUUGGCUUGCCCACUGAGCUCAAGAGAAAAAAGGAACAGCUGGACAGCAGUCUCAGACCGAGCAAAGAGAGGCAAUCAGCAGCUGGUCUCACCCUUCCUCUGAGCAGUGACCAAACCUUUCAGUUGAUGAGCAAUCUAGCCGGGGACGUCAUCACAGCUGCAGUGACUGCUGCUAUCAAGGACCAGUUAGAUGGUGCACAGCAAGCCCUUUCUCAGGCUGCACCAAGCCCAGGAGAGGACACAGACACUGAAGAAGGUGAUGACUUUGAACUCCUUGAUCAGUCAGAGCUUGAGCAAAUUGAGAGUGAAUUGGGACUUUCACAAGACCAGGAAGCAGAAGCGCAGCAAAAUAAGAAGUCUUCAGGCUUCCUUUCAAAUCUACUCGGAGGCCAUUAGUCUGGGAAUCAGCUUGUACAACAGAGCACAGAUAAACUACCAAAAAAUUUCAAACAAGUUAAAAAAAAAAAAAAAAAAAGGAAAAAAGUGUUUUUGGAACUGUGAGCUUUACUGACUAGUUUUUUUGUCUUAUUUUCCCUUCUGCAGUGAAUUAAUUGGAUAUAUAUCAGCUGACACUGCUAGAUUGAUAUUUCCGAUAGUUUUUUAUGUAAUAAGCAUGGAAAUGAAAUAUAUAUAUACAGUUGACCCUUCAAACAAAUGGGUUUGAACUGUACGGGUCCACUUAUUUGUGGAUUACUUUCAAUAAAUACUAUAACUGUAUUUUUCUCUUAUGAUUUUUUAAAAUGACAUUUUCAUUUUUCUAGCUUUAUUAUAAGAAUACAGUAUAUAAUACAUAUAUAAAAUAUGUGUUAAUCGACUGUUUAUGUUAUCGGUAAGGCUUCUGAUCAAUGGUAGGCUAUUAGUAGUUAAGUUUUUGGGGAGUCAAAAGAUACAUGCAAAUUUUUAACUGCACGGGGGGUCGGUACCCCUAAGUCCCGCAUUGUUCAAGGGUCAACUGUAUAUAUAUAGACAUGAAUACGAGAGGUUGUUUUUAAAGCAAAAAGAAAACACCAAAUUAUUGAGCUCCUCCAUAAGUAUUUCUUACUUUUUUCUUUACAAUUAAUUUUUUCAAGCAUGCAAAAACAGUUUAUUGUAACUCACUGAAAUAUUAACAAUUGUGAAUACACGCUGUAUCAGCUCCUCUGUUCCUAAUACUUAGAAACAGUUAAAAAAUUUUGGUUGAUUUUGGUGUAAAAAGACAAAUAUUAUCAAGGCCUCCUUAUUUAAAGGACUUUAGGAAAUAUCAUAAUUAAUUUCCUAGGAAAAAUUUAAAAAUAUAUUUAACUCCUUUGGAUAGGCUGAUACAUUUCCAUGUUAUUUCUGCUGUUACAGACUUAGACUUACUUGUAAAUGGCAUGCUCCAUUGACUGCCAGCUCUAGUCUUGCAUUGGGUGGUAUUAACCCAUAGAAAGCAAGUAAUUAUAUAUCACGUAGAUGGUGGUUUUGAUGUAAACAGAGAUUGAGCUGUGUUUUGUUGCUCAAUUGUCAUAUAUUUGUAAUAGAGAUAUUGUGAGUACAGAUCUAGUCUUACCUGCCCAGACUUAGGUUAAGCCCUCAUCUUUCAUAUAGUGUCAUAAGAAAAGUCUCUUAAAAUCAUGCACCUAGUUCCUGGUAUGUUCCGUGAGUGAUGUAGUCAUCAGCAGUAGAGAAACAAUAACUGUUUUUGUAGUCUGUAUAGAUUCUCCUACAGGAGAACACCUCGCUUGGCUUUAAAGUGUAUUUAUUUGCCAUUGAAGUUUAAAUAGUUCAUCUGUUUUUCAUUGGGAAGCUGGAAUAUAUUUUCCCUUUAUUUUAAACUAUUUAGAUGACCUUUAAGUAACCAAAUUUGACUUAGGUUUUAACAAAGGACUAAAGAGCAGAAAUCAAGCUAAUUUUGUUUUUGCGAUACAACUUUUAAUAGUGUUGAGGGACCAUGUCAGCAACUACCAAUAAUCUCUUCAAUCGUUGGGUACAGCUGGCAUUUCUACAGGCGCAUCCAGACAUCUGAGACCCUUAGAAAGGAAGGAUAAUCCAAUAAUACAAGAAAUCUGUGGUCCCCUCCCUUCAUUUUAUCCCUUUCAUUUCUAAAGAUUAAUUGUAGGUAAUCUGAUGUUUUAAUGUAGCAUCUCUUAUUUAUUUUUUCUUUCUGAGGUAUUAAAAUAUCUAGACUGAAUUUUGCCAAAUGUUAAAGGGGGAGAGGUUACUGAAGAGUUUGAAUGCUUGCUUUUUUGUGAUUGACUAUGCUUAUAUGUCAUUAGUGCCUCAUGACUGUGUUUGAUGUCCUUUAUUGAUACAAAGUGAGCCUGUGCCUUCAUUAUCUUGCCCAUUUUGGUACAAAUGAAAACCUGGUGUUAGAUCUAUGAACUGUGUGGGUCUGGGAGGAAUAUACCUGAAUUCUAUUCAAUAAGUUUCUGGACAUGAAGAAAAAUACAGUCACAUAUUUAUAAAA